AUGCGGUUGUCAAUUUUUUUGCUGCUCUCGGCGAUGGUCGCCUCUCCCGAAACCAUGGUUUUUCAUCUGGACGAAGAUUGUUUUGUCCGCACGGGUGACGACCAAGAAAUUUCCAGGAAUCCUGGGUCGGUUUUAAUCUUGGGGUUUGAUUUUAGAGCCCUUUUUCGCUUGUUGGACCUACAUGGUUUUAUAAUGGACUAGAAAAAAUGAGGGUUUCCCCCGAUUUCUGGAAAAACGAUGACUUUCUCUUGUUUUCCAGGCAAAAAAUCGCGUUUUUGUUGAUUUUUCUUUCUCAAAAUAAGCAAUUUUUAGACUGAACUUACCAAGAUUAGCAAUUUUCUCUUUUCCCCAAAAAAAGAAUCUGUAAUUUUUUUCUAAAUUUCUUCUUUCAGACCAUGUGCCAAUGUUUCGCCAGUCCUGAUCGAUAAUUUCGUCAUGUUGUUCUUGCGCGUCAAGAACUCCUCCGCCAUUGAAUAUGCGACCUUGGAGAUCCGCAAAUGGGACGAGGGGGAAGAAUUCAAAUUGAAAUUCAAUGAUACCUCGCUGAAACAUGGUGAGUGAAGGGUUUUAUAUAACUUUAUUCGUCUUUUUUUGCUUUUUUUGAGAGAGUCUACCUUAUUUCAGCUUGUUUUAGACAUCUGAAGCUAAAAAAUUAAAAAUUUUUAUUUUUUCUUGUCAAAAAGUUUGAUUUUUUGGUUGAAAAAUAAAAGAAAAAUAAUAAUACUCUAUAAGAGAAUGAUAUGCCUUAGAUUAAACAGCUUUUUCUCAGCUUACAACCUUGUUUUAGUCAUCAAAUCCUAAAAAAUUUUAAUUUACCCUUUAGUCAUCAAAUAUAAAUUUUUAUUUUUUUCGAUUUUUUGAACGAAAAAUUAUAAUUUUUGGCUUCAACGUCUGUGCACUAGGACCUUCUUGAUGCGAACUAUAAUUUUCUUCUUUAUUUUUCUUCUUUUCUACCUGAUUUUCCGACCUUUUUCCUUAAUUUGCCUUGUUUUAGUGCUGAAUGAUGACUGCGUCUUCUCCAGCUCUUCCUUCAACGCCUUCCUCGACAUGCACGUUCUCUACAUGGCGGCGGAGUGCGAAGAGACCUUUGGCUUCACUCGAACCGUCCUCUACACGACCAAGACCAUCUACACACCGCCCGGAGGCAUUCUUCACACGGACAUUCCGAUUCAAAAUCGGGUUUUUGGGAUCGGAAUGGGCAACAACAUCCGGAGAAAGAGUUUUAUUUCCACUCUGGACACGCCCAUCUACGUGGCGAAGAGCGGGCAGAUUGAGGCGGCGAGGAAAUUGCAUCGCAUUGACGAAGAAAUGAAGGUGGCUUUGGACGGCGGAGACAAGUUAUACGCUCUGUUCGCCACAAAUGAAUUUGUGACGUUCGCCAAGAGAAGCAAAGAGGAAACUGCCUAUUUUCAAUUCAGUAUCACCGUGACUGACGAUUUUUCAAAUCCAAGGCGAUCACGUAGGUGAUAUUUUUAAAAAAUUUUAAAAUAAUUUUUUUUUUUGAUGAAAAAAAUAUUUUUGUUUUUUCAGAGGAUUGCAAUUCGACCGCUGGGCACGAAAGAUCCCUUUACUUUUGCUUUUUGGACCCCCCAAACUCCACUCACACCGAUUCCUCGCUAAAUUACGACUGGAUCGCACCCAAACUGGUGAAUGACGACUGGUUUAAUCGAACGGUAAGCGAAGAUUUUUGACAAAAGUUCGAAAAAUCAUAAUUUUUUUUUGAAAUAUGAAAAAAAAUCGAAAUAUAAAGAAAAUUCUAGUUUCUGCGAACUUGUAAAUAAAUUAAAAUAGUAAUAAAAAUGAUUUCAGGGCCCGAAAUCCCCCAUGUCGGCGCUGGUUCAGGAAUGUGAGGCGAUCAAUGCAAGGCAAGUGGAAUAUAAGAGAAAAUUUGAUAAAAUCUCUGAUUGUUUAUGGCUUCAGGAAGUCUAGGAGAUUGGUUAGUAAAAGGCAUUACGAUAUUUCAUCGUAAUUUGGAACAAAUAUGAUAAAGCUUUUACUUUUAUGGGCAAAAACGUGAAAUUUUAUGCAUUUUGCGAGUUAUGCAGAAAAACGUAAAAUUUACUGCCUGAAAAAAAUUUAUUUGGAAGACAGUGUAAUUUCACAUGAUACUGAAAAAAAUUCCGUUCGUAAACUGGCCACUUUUACGUUUUAUGGACUGAAACGUGAAAUUUUAUGAAUUUGUGGAAUUAUGCAUAAAAACGUAAAUUUUAUUACCGGAAAAUGAUUUGUUUGGAUAUAGAAUGUAAUUUCACAUGAUACAGUUAAAAAAUCCGUUUUGAAACUACCCACUUUGAACUUUUAUGGACUGAAACGUGAAAUUUUAUGAAUUUGUGGAAUUAUGCAGAAAAACGUAAAAAAUUUUCGAAUUAUCAUCUACAACCACUUAAAAAUGAAGUUUUAGGAAAUCGGAAGUGAUUAGAGUUCUGUUCCCAGUCCUGGUAUUCGAGUUGACGACCAUUUCCAUCACUCUUUUGCUGUUCAGUAUUUGCGUUUGUGUUCGGAAAAGAAAAACAUAUCAGCAAUGUAAGUUUUAAGUUUAAAAAGUUCGGUAUGUUGUAAAUUCUCGAUAGUCUGCAGUAAAAAUCGAUUUCAGAUAAAAAGUCGGGCUGA